AUGUCAACUGGCGACAAGAACGGGGGCAGCCGCUCCAACAGCAGCCGCCUGCAGAGCAAGAAGCCCCCCAACCUCUCCAUCAUCAUCCCCCCGCGGGAGGCGGAGGAGGACGGUGCCCACAAGGAGGUGAGUGACAGGGAGCUGCAUCCAUCCCUCCCCCAUGCCAUCCCAUCCCUAACACACUGCUCUGCCUUCCAGCCCUCCAAGGUCCCCAUCUACCGAAAGAGCAAGAGCCUGCAGGAGCCCCGCUCGAAGGGAUGCGACGGCUCGGAGCGCCGGCCCGGCUUCCGCCGGCAGACUUCCCUGUCCCAGAGCAUCCGCAAGGGCACGGCGCAAUGGUUUGGCGUCAGCAGCGACUGGGAGGGGAAGCGGCAGCAGUGGCAACGCAAGAGCUUGCAGCACUGCAGCAUGAGAUACGGCAAGUUGAAGCCUGCCUACCGCGACAUGGAGCUGCCCAGCCAGGAGGUUCCCUCCUUCCAAGGCACCGAGUCGCCCAAGCCUGCCAAGAUGCCUAAGAUCGUGGACCCACUGGCCAGGGGCCGUCCCUUCCGCCAUCCCGAUGAGACCGACCGUCCCCACACGCCCCACCAUGUCCUGCCCCCGCUCACCCCCGGCGUCGUUUCCUUGGCGUCCUUCAACAGCAUUCGCUCCGGCUACGGCCGCCUGCCGCGCAGGAAGAGGGAGUCCGUUGCCCAUAUGAGCUUCAAGGCGGCAGCAGCCCUUCUCCGCGGACGCUCUGUCCUGGAGCCACUGGCUCCCAAGCGGAGGAUCAACAAGAGGAGCUUCGUGUACCCCAGCUUCAUGGACGAGGACAUGGUGGAUGCUGCCGAUACCCUGGACUCGUCCUUCUUCAGUAAGGCAAGCACGUACUCCAUGCCCGAUGAUGUCUUCGAGUCGCCGCCUCUAUCGGCCACGUAUUUACGCAUGCACCCGGUGGGGGAGGAUGCCAGGGUGUCCCCCGAGGGUGUCCGGCUCACUUCGGCCUCCACCGGCACUGGCCCGGCUCCCCGGCGAGGCAGGCGCAUCGCUUCCAAAGUGAAGCACUUUGCCUUUGACCGCAAGAAACGUUACUAUGGGCUGGGGGUGGUGGGGAAGUGGCUGAACAGGACGUACCGCCGCAGCCUGAGCAGCAUCGUGCAGUCGCAGCUGGAGAUCACCGACAGCCACCGGCCAUAUUUCACGUACUGGAUCACCUUUGUCCACAUCCUCAUCACCUUGCUGGUCAUCGGCACCUACGGCAUUGCUCCCAUCGGCUUCGCCCAGCAUGUGACGACAGAGUUAGUGCUGAGGAACAAGGGCGUCUACGAGAGUGUCAAGUACAUCCAGCAGGAAAACUUCUGGAUCGGGCCCAGCUCGAUCGACCUGAUCCACCUGGGAGCCAAGUUCUCCCCCUGCAUCCGGAAGGAUCAGCAGGUGGAGCGGCUCAUCCAGCGCGAGCGGGACCGGGAGCGUGGCUCCGGCUGCUGCGUCCAGAAUGACAACUCGGGCUGCAUCCAGACCCUGCCGCAGGACUGUUCGGAGACGCUGGCGACGUUCAUCAAGUGGCCAGGCACCAACGCACCAGCCGUGGGCUCGGGUGCGAGGCGGACAUCGGGGGCCGUGUGUCACCAGGACCCUAGGACGUGUGAGGAGCCGGCAUCCAACCCACCCCACGUUUGGCCAGACGAUAUCACCAAGUGGCCGAUCUGCACCUACGAGACUAAAACCAAUCACACGGGCUUCACCCACAUGGACUGCCAGAUCAAGGGCAGGCCCUGCUGCAUCGGCACCAAGGGCAGCUGCGAGAUCACGACGCGGGAGUACUGCGAGUUCAUGCACGGCUACUUCCAUGAGGAGGCAACGCUCUGCUCGCAGGUGCACUGCCUGGACGAGGUCUGCGGCCUCCUGCCCUUCCUCAACCCGGAGGUCCCCGACCAGUUCUACCGCCUGUGGCUGUCCCUGUUCCUGCACGCCGGCAUCAUCCACUGCCUGGUGUCAGUGACUUUCCAGAUGACGGUGCUGAGGGACCUGGAGAAGCUGGCGGGCUGGCAUCGCAUCUCCAUCAUUUUCAUCCUCAGCGGUAUCACGGGCAAUCUGGCCAGUGCCAUCUUCCUGCCAUACAGGGCGGAGGUGGGCCCCGCUGGGUCCCAGUUUGGCUUGCUGGCCUGCCUCUUCGUGGAGCUCUUCCAGAGCUGGCAAGUACUGGAGAAACCCUGGAAAGCCUUCCUCAACCUCUUCGGCAUCGUCCUCUUCCUCUUCAUCUGCGGCCUCUUGCCAUGGAUUGAUAACAUCGCUCACCUCUUCGGCUUCCUCAGCGGUCUCCUCCUCUCCUUCGCCUUCCUGCCCUACAUCACCUUUGGCACGGUGGACAAAUACCGCAAGCGAGCCAUGAUCAUCAUCUCCUUGCUGGUCUUCGUGGGGCUUUUCGCCUCGCUGGUGGUCUGGCUCUACGUCUACCCCGUGAACUGGCGCUGGGUGGAGUAUCUCACCUGCCUGCCCUUCACCAGCAAGUUCUGCGAGAAGUACGAGCUGGAGCAGGUCCUGCACUGACCCCGCCGGCGGGGACGGGGC